AUGGGCAAGGCCUAUGACGGGGCUGGAAUUCUGGGCUUCUUCACCGGCACUGAAUACCUGAAUACAUUCUUCCGUGCCUUGGGAGCUCGUAUCGGGCGUAAUUGUGCUCUUUUUGCCAAUGGACGCCCAACGAUCAUGUUAACUGAGCCAGACUUGGUCACCAUCGGAGACCGUGUAGCAGUCGAUGAUACUUCUGUUGUCGCCCAUAUCAAUACUCGUGGCGAAUUUGAACUGCGAGAGCUGAACAUCGGCUCCGGGUGUGUCCUGCGGACGGCGUCAAGACUGAUGUCUGGAGCCUCGAUGGGAGAUGAUGCUUGUCUACUUGAGCACACUUGUAUUCUGCCUGGAGAUCACGUUGAUAACGGUGCCAUAUAUCAAGGGUGGCCAGCUGUUCCGUUUGAAGCAGUACAUGAUACACCCAGCUCAUAG